GGACAUACCAAGUUGGGACUGCCAACAUUAGUAUCUUUGUCUACAAGGAAUAAUAAAGCAACGUUUUAUGUGCAAAAUGAAAUUUUUGUAAAUUCACUUUAUUUCGAGUAUUAUUUAGUUGGAUGAAUCGCACUAUGGCGUUCGUUGCAAGAAAAAUCUUUCCUUAUGAGACGCCUUCAACAUGGUUUCCAGGCCAUAUGCAUAAGACUUUAAAAAAACUACAAUCUCUGUCUUCAGAAGUAGAUAUAUUAAUUGAAGUUCGGGACGCUCGCAUUCCUUUAACUUCUAGAAACUUUGCUGUAGAGUCGAUUUUGAAAAAAAGAAACCGAAUUAUUGUUUAUAAUAAAUGUGAUUUGGCAAUUCCCUGUGAGACAUCUCUUUCGACAUUUCGUGAUGAAAUGGUACAUCUGCAACAGUCUUUUCAGAGCAUGCAAGACUGGUUUCAACGGUCUCAGGGAGACAUUUUCAAAACAGUACCCUCUUUGACUUAUGUAUCUUCUGUCCCUUUCUACGCCAAGAAACUGUUAAAAAGGAUUCGGAAUAUGGCCAUCAAUGGUAUUACCAAAAACCAACGCGUUCACGUGUACUUUAUAGGGAUGCCUAAUACAGGGAAAAGCAGUAUUUUAAAUUCUUUGCGACACAUAAGUUUGCGUCGUAGUAAAGCGGCAAUAACCGGUAACUAUCCAGGUGUCACAAAGAAUUUUAGUGAAGUAGUCAGACUGCUAGAACAUGCUGAGGUAUUCAUGCUUGAUACGCCAGGUAUCAUGACCCCGUCCAUCGCUGCACCGGAAGAUAUGCUGAAGCUGUCUUUGGUUGGUUGCGUCAAGGAAGGACUUAUUGACCCUGUAACUUUAGUAGAUUACUUACUUUUUCGUAUAAAUUUAGUCAGCCCUUCUAUUUAUGCAAAAUGGUCUCCGCCUACGAAUGAUGUUGACGAAUUUUUAGGAAACGUUGCCCAUAAAAUAGGUAAAUUAUCUAAAGGGGGAGGAUAUAAUGACAAUACGGUCUCUACCUAUAUAAUCCAGCAGUAUAGGUCUGGAAAACUUGGUAAAUUUAUGUUGGAUUCUAUGGACAAGUCCAGUAUGUCACUGCGACUGCAGCAUGAAUUAACCAAGAGUCAAAAAAAAAGUUAAUGAAAAUAUUUUAUCCACUUGAUGACUAUGGAGCCAACAUUUUUCGGCUUUACAAGAUUAAAGUCGUAACCUAUGUCUUACCGUUUAUGCUCUAUAGUAAACGAUUGUACAUUGAACCCAUGAUUGUGAUUUUCAUACAACAAGAAUAUUUCCUUUUGUCACACGAAGGGAAGGAUUUGUUAUUGAAACUAGGAUUUCAUUAAAAAGCAUAAUCCUAGUCUAAAGUUUCAUAUCAUAAAUGCCUAUUACACACAGAACUCAAAAAAAUCUAAUAAGUAUGUCGAACAUUUGGCUUGAGAAUAAAUUAGUAGAUUAAAGAAAUAAAGAAAUAAACAAACAACUAAGAAAGAC